AUGCCUGUAACCCCAUUCGCAGUGACCGACACGUACGAAUAUCUGAAUGGGUUCGGGGGGUACAAAGAGAGUGAAGCAAUAGAAGGAGCCUUGCCUCUGGCAGCCAACUCGCCACAGAAAUGUCCUUAUGGUCUCUACAAUGAGAAGUUGUCCGGAAGCGCCUUCACGGCUCCUCGCGACAACAACCUGCAAACCUGGCUCUACCGCAUCCUGCCCUCCGCAAGCCACGAAAACUUCGAACCUGUACCUUCGUCCUCCACACAAUCGUUGACUUCUCCCACUCCGAGUUUCGGGACCCACUUUAAUGCCAUUCCUAAUCAACUGCGCUGGGAUCCAUUUGAUUUCGACAAAGAGGUGUCAUGGAUUCAUUCACUUCAUUUGGUCGCAGGAGCGGGCGACCCAACUAUGAAGCAAGGACUCGGCAUUUACAUCUACGCUGCAGGCACAUCUAUGCCCGAAAAAACUGCGUUCUAUAGCGCCGACGGGGACUUCUUGAUUGUUGCACAACAUGGAGUCCUCGACAUUCGAACUGAGCUUGGAAAAUUACUUGUGCGACCAAACGAAAUUGCCGUCAUCCCUCGAGGAAUUCGUUAUCACGUUGCGCUGCACAACAAUGAGCCAGCUCGAGGUUAUAUUCUGGAACUCUACCAAGGUCACUUCCACCUCCCAGAACUGGGUCCGAUUGGGUCCAACGGUCUUGCCAACGCGCGUGAUUUCCAAACCCCAGUCGCCGACUUCAUCGAGGACCACGAGAAUACCGAGUGGACGUUGUUUAGCAAGUUUGGUGGCAACUUAUUCUCCGCCAAACAAAACCAUACGCCAUUCGACAUUGUUGCUUGGCACGGCACCUUCUAUCCUUACAAGUAUGACCUAGGUCGGUUCAACCCUGUGGGUAGCAUCUCCUACGACCACCCGGAUCCUUCAAUUUUCACCGUUCUUACUGCACCGUCGAUUCCACACGGUGCAGGAACUGCAGUCGCAGAUUUUGUCAUAUUUCCACCGCGUUGGCUGGUUCAAGAAAACACCUUCCGACCUCCAUGGUAUCAUCGAAACACGAUGAGUGAGUUUAUGGGUCUCAUUCAGGGCAACUACGAUGCCAAGGGAGCUGGAAAAGGUGGUUUCCAACCAGCAGGAGCGAGCUUACAUAAUACGAUGAGUGGGCAUGGACCAGACAUGCAGACAUUUGAAAAGGCGUCGACAUCGGAAUUGCCACCAACCAAAGUUGGUGAGGGUAGCAUGGCGUUUAUGUUUGAGACGUGCUUGAUGCUCGGCGUUACUGAAUGGGGUUUGAAGACAUGUGCAAAAGUACAGGAAGAAUAUAAUGCGCACAGUUGGGAGCCUCUCAAGGUGCACUUCAAACGACCCGAGAAGUCGCGUGGGGUGAACAACGGAGAGGAAAAGAACGGCGUGGGCGAUGCCAAGGAUCAGAGCAGUGUACAUGCCCUUAGAUGA